AUGCUCAAUCGUCUGAAUCUGCUGGCUCGCCAAUUUGCCCAUCCAUAUUAUACACGUCCAUCAGUCCCGACCCUCACCCCGUUUCUGGCAAGCCCCUUCGCGAUGACAUCAGCUGCGCACGCGAAGCCCAUCCACACGGCCGCAUGCCUAAUUAUUGGCGAUGAGGUCCUCGGUGGAAAGACAAUCGACACCAACUCCCCCUACCUGGCCAAGUUCUGCUUCUCCCUCGGCAUCCAGCUGAAGCGUGUAGAGGUCAUCCCCGACGAUGAGGAAGACAUCAUGGAGGCAGUCCGUCGCAUGAGCUCCCGUUACGACUUUGUCGUCACUAGCGGAGGAAUUGGUCCAACACACGACGAUAUCACCUACUCCUCAAUUGCAAAAGCGUUCAAUCUCAAGCUCCAACUCCACCAGCCCGCUUUCGAGCGCAUGAAGAGACUCUCCAAGCCCCACCCCAUGCAACCAAACUUCGACUGGGAUACCCCCUCCCCAGGCCUGAACGCUAAACUGCGCAUGGUUGAGCUCCCCUUUGACCCCAAGAUCCCAGCUGAGCACCAGGCUGUCUUUGUUGCGGAGGAUAUGUGGGUUCCCGUCGCUGUUGUCAAUGGAAAUGUGCACAUUCUUCCUGGCGUGCCGCGGCUGUUUGAGAAGUUGCUGGAGAACCUGAAGCCGUCGCUUGUGCCUAGACUGUCACAUCUGGAGGGUAAGGGUACCAAUCGGAUUAUGAUUAGCACGCCUUUGCCCGAGAGUGCGGUUGCGCCGUACUUGACGGAGCUUGCGGCCAAAGUUGAGCCGAAGGGCGUGAAGGUUGGAAGUUAUCCUCGCUGGGGAAAGCAGCGGAAUACUGUUACCCUGGUUGGGGCUGAUCAGGCGUUCCUGGAGUCGUUGGUGCAGGAGGUUGAGGAGGGUGUGCAGGGCAAGAGAGUUUCAAAGGAAGAUGAAUUGGAUCCUCCUGUUGAGGAUCGGGUAUACAGUCAGUAA